AUGGAAGACUUGAAAUCAAUCCUGUGGUCUGUGGAAGAGCUGAUUUACCUCAGUCCAGAAAAUGAUGCAUUUUACGAAAAAGAAGAGACAGAAAUAACGGCAAAACUGACCGAUUUGUGUAGGAGCCAUGCAGGAGAAGAGGCGCCAGAGGCGCCGACAAAAGAGAGUGAAGUAGACUGCCAAGCAGAAGAGUUAAGAUCUGAAGUUAGAAACUUCUUCCACUUUUUAAAGUUGAUUAAAGCGGGGAACCAUAAAGAGUGCAUCGUUGACCCAUGGGUACGAGACAUAUUUCAGUUCAUUAAUGAUACUCUUAAAAAUGACUGCAUCAAUAGUAUUAGUCUGGUGAAGAAGGAAUUGUUCUAUUAUGUUUAUCGCGCUAAGGUAGAUAUAGGGAAGAGAUGGUGUCCCAAGGAGGAGGAAAAAAGUGAAGGCCUGAAUGGCAAUAAAGUUUUGUUGUUUCAAGUGUGCUUUACGUUCUUUUACGAAAUAAAGAUUCUCCUCUGCUGUUGCGCAUUUUUGAAUAUGUUCGUACAGUACAAUUGGACAGGGCCUCCACCCCCCACGGGGAAGAGCGAAAAGGAGAAAGUGCAAACAUCAGAUGUAUGCGAUGAAGACAAUCAUUUUUGCCAAUUCAUUCAAACGAUGAAAAUAAAAAAUGAAGAGUUUUUAAAUUCAUGUUUGGAAUUUUUAUCGCUUGAAGGGGAGGUCAUAUAUGCCCACUGUGAGUUGAUGAAUGCCUUCUGUUUAUCCGUAAUUUUGCUAGACCUAGUGAACAAUUUUAAUGAAAACGAUCAGCCGAUUAUGUGUUCAAAUGAGUAUAGCUACUUCGAGGAGGGGACACCAAACAGGGUGGCAGAAAACUCUGAAGAUGAUAAUUCUUCAACGCAACACAUGACAUGUGUGCCUGGUAAGGAAAAUGUCAUCGUGAAGAACAAAAAAAAAAUAUAUAAUGAGAAGAAGCUUUUACACUUUGUUACAAGCAAAUAUUUGUGGAAAGCCAGAAUCUACUUCAUAUGGCAGAGACUGUUUACUUCAUCUAGCAACGACUGGUUUUAUUCCUUGAAAAUCCACGUAGUGGACAUUCCACGUAGGAUAUUUAAAAAUGUAAAAUUGCUGACCAGCGAUUUUGAACUCAUUGAUCAAGAAUUAAAUGUCAUUGAAGAGGUACCAGACAUUUUUGCCCAUUUGAAACAAAAUGAAAAGGAUUUGCAAAAUUGCGACAUUUUUUUUGAAAAUUACAUGUCGCAAAAUUUCCAGAUUUGUGCCUUAUCUAACUUUUCCAUAUACUUGGCCUUCUACAAUUAUGUAUAUGGGUACCAGAGGGUACUGGACGUUCUUGCGGAGAUGAGUCAAUUUAGCUACUCCUUUACUGGAAGAAUGGGCAUAAAGAGAAAGUAUCAAAAGAUACCUGCCACCAUUUUAGUGUUGAAGGCGAAAAAGGGACAGGAGGAGGACAACACGUCUGUAGUUUUGAAAGAAAUAGAGCCUCUCAGUGAGUACGACAUAUUGAGGAGUGAUUACCGAAUUAUUGGUGAGGAGAAUGGGGGCGAUGACAAAAAAGAGGAAAAUAAAAAGAGGGAACACGGCGCAGGUGAGGAAGCUUGCUCCAGUUUGGUCGCUUCCCAAAAGGUGACUAUAAAGGAGGGAAGCUGCCACGUUGGUGAAGAGAAAGUGGAUAAAAUGAGCCCAAAGGUAGAAAAGUGCGUGGAAGAACAUAUAGAUAAAAUGACCUGCACAAAAAGGGAAGCACAAAAUUGCCAGAAGUGCAUACCUCAUAAUAUGAAUCACAUUGGGAAGGAGAAAUCCCACGACAAGUGCACCUGCUCUGGAGGACAAAUCCCCACCAACAAUGGCACAGAUGAAUGUAUACCAAAUAGGGACCAAGAGGGUAAAAAAGAUGCAACGGGAAAAGUAAUGUGGAAAUUAAAAGACCUCGACCCAGAUACAGACAUAUUAGAAGAGCCAUAUUUUAUGGACUCACAAAAUAAUUAUUUUAAAAUAUUAACAUUUGAUGAACAGAUCACUUUGAUAAACUUUUGCUACUCCAUGAUUCGAUUCAAUCCACACUACGACGAAAUAAAAUUUGAAAAGAUAAAUGCUGUUAUAUCUAGGUGCCUCAAAUGCUAUGAUGUUGUAAAUGUGGAAUCGAGGAAGAAGGACCAAGAUAGGAUAAAAAAUAGAGACAACAAUUUGUUACAGAAAAAAUAUCAGAAUUGGUUACUGCACUCAUGUAUUCUAUGGUAUAAGUGCAAAUGUGAAACGUUUCGAUUGAAGACUGUAGAUAGAGCUGCCGCACAGCUAAAUGAAUUACUGAAAGAGACAUACGAUAUGAAACCUCAUGGGGGAGAAAGGGUAAAAUUCCUUUUUGAUGUGUACUAUCCAACCACUUGGGAAUUGAAAAAAGAAAUAGGAAAUGUUAUGGUGAAAACGGGAUCCGUAGUGUCCGCUUUCAACCUUUUUAAAGAUUUGAAAUUAUGGGAAGAAGCGAUCACUUGUUUGAUUCAAGCAGAUAGAAAAGAAGAAGCAAAAGAGUUGCUAGAUGAUCUACUAGAAAAGAAGAAAACUCCCGCUUUGUUAUGUUUAUACGGAUUGGUCGAUGCGCAUAAUGCCUUGAACUAUUACAUAGAUGCGUGGAAGCUGUCAAAUUAUAAAUAUGCGAAAGCGGCCAGAUUUAUUGGGAAUUAUUACUACCGUAAGGAAAUGUACAGUCCGUGUUGUGAAUAUUUAGAAAAGGCUUUAGAAAUAUCUCCCCUUUUUCCAGACAUUUGGUUUAUUCUAGGUUGCUCCUACAUGAAAAUCGAAAAAAUCGAUGAGUCUGUAAAAGCAUUCACACGUAUGGUUAGCAUGACGAAUGAGGAUUCUGCAAAGGCUUAUGGAAAUUUGGCCUACCUGUAUAUGAAAAAAGAAAUGUAUAAAGCAGCAAGAAUUUGUAUAAACCAAGCUGUCAAAGUUGACAAUAAUGAGUGGAAAUAUUGGGAUACUUAUCUUAAAUUGUCCAUUAUGCAAAAUGACGUGGAUUGUUUCUGCUUGGCAUUGAUCACUUUAUGUCAACAGAAUAAAGUCAAAGAGAUACAGCCUUGGAUUUAUGAAUACAUCUCUGAUCUUAUUGUAAAUGACAAGCCGACCCUAAUUCCGGAUAAAAAUGGAUUGAGUUAUCUGGACAAAGUUAUUACAACCAUGGGCACCAUAUCGACGUACAUUGCUGAAUGUGACCGCUACUGGAACGCCUAUUCCUUUUUUCUCUUUAUAAAGGGCAGAUUCGUUGACGCGUACGAGGCAAAAGUUAAGGAGAUACGAUCCUUAGAGAGUGUAGCACAAAAGUGCACCACCAAAAAUGUAGUUGACAGGCUGGUUUCCAAACAAGUAGCCGCUGUCAAAUUCCUGUAUCAUAUUAUCAAGACGCAUUACGUCGAGGAGCAGAAAGGAACCUUUGAAUACCAGUUAAGGAACAUUAUCGAGUCCAUUUUGAGGCAGUACAAGGACAUGAGUCAGCAGGAGGUAACUGAAUUGUCGCAAAUUAUGCAGAUUAUAAAAUGA